AUGCUGGUCUCCAAGGAAGUGCCCUGGCGGCGCCUUCGGGGCAUUUCCUUCGGGAUGUACUCGGCCGAUGAACUCCGGAAAUUAAGUGUCAAAUCCAUCACAAACCCUCAGUAUAUGGACAAUGUAGGGAACCCCUCAGUGAAUGGUUUGUAUGAUUUAUCGUUGGGACCAGCUGACUCCAAAGAAGCAUGUUCCACCUGUGUGCAGGACUUUGGCAGCUGCCCUGGACACCUGGGCCAUAUUGAGCUCCCUCUGAUCGUCUACAAUCCUCUAUUCUUUGAUAAACUCUAUCUGCUUAUCCGGGGCUCCUGUCUAAACUGCCACCUGCUGACUUGUCCCCGGCCUGUGGUUCACCUCCUUUACUGCCAGCUGCGGGUCCUGGAGGUUGGGGCACUGCAGGGCGUCUAUGAGCUGGAGACGACCUUGAACAGGUUUCAGGAAGAAAACCCUGAUGCUUCCAUCUAUGAGAUUCAGGAAGAAUUAGAACAGCACACUAGAGCAAUCCUGGAAAACAACCUGCUGGGAGCGCAGGGCUCCCAGGUGAAGAAUGUAUGUGAGAGCAAGAGCAAGUUGAUUGCCCACUUUUGGAAGAUGCACAUGGCUUCUAAGAGAUGCCCCCACUGCAAAACUGGGAAAUCUGUGGUUCGGAAGGAACACAAUAGCAAACUGACUGUCACCUACCCAGCUGUGGUCCACAGAAAGGCCAAAGGGGAAGAGGACAAGGCCAAGAAGACAACAAAUGAUGCCUAUUUGGGGAAAAGGGGCUACUUGACCCCCAGCACUGCCCGAGAACAUGUCUUGGCCCUUUGGAAGAAUGAAGGUUUCUUUCUGAACUACCUUUUCUCGGGAUUGGAGGAUCCUGGUGUGAAAUCCAAGUUCAAUCCAAAUAUCUUCUUUUUGGAUCUUGUGGUGGUGCCGCCAUCCAGGUAUCGCCCAGUCAACCGCCUUGGGGACCAGAUGUUUACCAAUGGCCAGACAGUGAACUUGCAGGCCGUUUUGAAGGAUGUGGUCCUGAUCCGAAAGCUUCUGGCCCUGAUGGCCCAAGAACAGGCCCUGCCGAGCAAGGAGAUGGGAAUAGCAGAGGAGACCCAGAAGGAGGCUUCUAUUCCUAUGGACCGCUCCUUUCUUGCCAUGCUUCCAGGCCAGUCUCUCACAGAGAAACUCUAUGGCAUUUGGAUCCGCCUUCAAAGCCAUGUCAAUAUUGUAUUUGACAGUGAUAUGGACAAGUUAAUGAUGGAGAAGUACCCUGGCAUCCGACAGAUCCUGGAGAAGAAGGAAGGCUUGUUUCGGAAGCACAUGAUGGGGAAGCGGGUCGACUAUGCUGCUCGCUCAGUCAUCUGCCCAGACAUGUACAUUAACACCAAUGAAAUUGGGAUCCCCAUGGUGUUUGCCACAAAGCUGACCUACCCUCAGCCGGUGACUCCCUGGAAUGUGCAGGAGCUGAGACAAGCAGUCAUCAAUGGCCCCAAUGUGCACCCCGGUGCCUCCAUGGUCAUCAAUGAGGACGGCAGCCGCACAGCUCUGAGCGCCACCGACGUGACCCAGCGGGAAGCCGUGGCCAAGCAGCUCCUCACCCCUGCUACCGGCGCCCCCAAACCCCAGGGGGCAAAAGUGGUGUGUCGCCAUGUGAAGAAUGGAGAUGUUCUCCUGCUGAACCGCCAGCCCACCCUGCACAGACCCUCCAUCCAGGCCCACCGAGCCAGAAUCCUGCCCGCAGAGAAGGUCCUGCGGCUUCAUUAUGCCAACUGCAAGGCCUACAACGCCGACUUCGACGGAGACGAGAUGAACGCUCACUUCCCCCAGAGUGAGUUGGGCCGGGCCGAGGCCUGCGUCCUGGCCUGUACGGACGAGCAGUACCUGGUGCCCAAGGAUGGCCAGCCAUUGGCCGGACUGAUCCAGGAUCACAUGGUCUCUGGUGCCCGGAUGACCACCCGGGGCUGCUUCUUCACCCGGGAGCAGUACAUGGAGCUCGUGUACCGAGGACUGACAGACAAAGUUGGGCGAGUAAAAAUCUUUCCACCUGCAAUUCUCAAGCCAUGCCCACUGUGGACAGGAAAACAGGUUGUCUCUACGUUGCUAAUAAACAUAAUCCCAGAGAACCACAUCCCCUUGAACCUCAUUGGGAAGGCGAAAAUCAGCGGGAAAGCCUGGAUCAAGCAGGAUGCCCGAGCUGCUCCAGCUUGUGGCCUGGAUGCUCUGUGCGAGUCCCAGGUCAUCAUCCGAGAAGGGGAGCUGCUCUGUGGGGUCCUGGACAAGGCCCACUACGGCAGCUCUGCCUACGGCCUGGUCCACUGCUGUUACGAGGUGUACGGCGGGGAGACGAGCGGCCGAGUGCUCACGUGCCUGGCCCGGCUCUUCACGGCCUACCUGCAGCUCUACCAGGGCUUCACCCUGGGUGUGGAGGACAUCUUGGUGAGGCCUCAGGCGGAUGCCAGGAGGAAGUCGGUCAUCGAAGAAUCUUCUCACUGUGGCUUCCGAGCCAUCAAGGCCGCCUUCGGCCUCUCUGACGCGACCACCCCCGAGGAUGCUCGGGCCAGGUGGCAGGACGCCCAUCUGAGCAAGGACCAGAGAGACUUCAAUAUGGUGGAUCUCAAGUUCAAGGAGGAGGUCAAUCACUACAGCAACGAGAUUAACAAGGCCUGCAUGCCCUUCGGCCUCCACAGAGGCUUCCCGGAGAACAACCUGCAGAUGAUGGUGCAGUCCGGGGCCAAAGGAUCCACCGUCAACACCAUGCAGAUCUCCUGUCUGCUCGGCCAGAUCGAGCUGGAGGGCCGAAGGCCACCACUGAUGCCCUCUGGGAAGUCGCUGCCCUGCUUCGAGCCCUACGAGGUCACCCCGCGGUCUGGAGGCUUCGUCACCGGCAGGUUCCUCACGGGCAUCCGGCCUCCUGAGUUCUUCUUCCACUGCAUGGCAGGGAGGGAAGGCCUGGUGGAUACGGCUGUCAAGACAAGCCGAUCGGGCUAUCUCCAGAGGUGUAUCAUUAAGCAUCUGGAAGGCCUCGUGGUUCAGUACGACCUCACGGUGCGGGACAGCGACGGCAGCGUGGUCCAGUUCCUGUAUGGGGAGGAUGGGCUGGAUAUCCCGAAGACCCAGUUCCUGCAGCCCAAGCAGUUCCCUUUCCUCCUCAGUAACUACGAGGCAAUAAGGAAAUCAAAACAUUUGGAUGAAGUCUUAGCCAAAAUGGACCCCACGCAGGCCCGCCGGCAUUUCAAAGCCCUCAGAAAGUGGCAUGCCAAGCAUCCUUCCACCUGCCCCAGACAGGGGGCCUUCCUGAGCUAUUCCCAGAAAGUUCAGGCAGCCGUCCGGGCCCUGAACCUCACUGGAGAGAACCAGAAUGGCCGGGACCCCAGAGCCCAACAGAUUUUAAAGAUGUGGUAUGAUUUAGAUGAGAAGAGCCAGAGGAAAUAUCUGAAGAGAGCCCUGCCUUGCCCGGAUCCCAGCCUGGGCGUCUGGCGUCCAGAUAUCCACUUUGCUUCUGUAUCAGAAACAUUUGAAAGCCAGGUUGAUGCUUAUGCCCAAGAAUGGGCAGCUCAGGCCGAGAGGAGUUAUGAAAAAUCAGAACUUUCUCUUGACAGGUUGAGGACAUUGCUCCAUCUCAAGUGGCAGCGGGCCCUAUGUGACCCUGGGGAAGCAGUCGGCCUCCUGGCUGCUCAGAGCAUCGGGGAACCUUCCACACAGAUGACCCUGAACACUUUUCACUUUGCUGGUAGAGGAGAGAUGAAUGUCACACUGGGGAUUCCAAGAUUGAGGGAGAUCCUUAUGGUGGCCAGCUCGAACAUCAAGACCCCUAUGAUGAGUGUGCCUGUGCUCAAUACCAAGAAGGCCUUGAAGAGGGUCAAGAGCCUGAAAAAGCAGCUGACCAGAGUGUGCUUAGGCGAGGUGUUGCAGAAAGUUGACGUCCAGGAGUCCUUCCGCAUGGAAGAGAAGAAAGACAAGUACCGGGUUUACUGUAUCCGCUUCAAUUUCCUCCCCUACAAGUACUACCAGCAGGAGAAAUGCCUGCGGCCUGAGGACAUUCUGCAUUUCAUUGAAACAAGGUUCCUGAAGCUGUUGCUGGAGGCCAUCAAGAGGAAGAGCAGCAAAGCGUCCUCCUUCAAGGUCGUGAGCACCCGCAGGGCCACCCAGCAGGACCUGGACGGCGACGGGGAGACCGCGGGAAGCCGGGAGGACCGGGAGGGCGACGACGACGGGGAGGGCCGCAUCGUCGACGACGAUGCCGAGGAAGGAGACGCCGACGCUACCGACAAGAAGUGGAAAAAGAAGCAGGAGGAAGAGGUAGAUUAUGAGAGUGAAGAAGACGAGCCGGAGGAGGAGAACGAGGAGAACGAGCGAGAGGAGGAGGGCGCCAACGCGGAAGCGGGGGGCCCCGACCCAGAGCCCCAGAGUGACGAGGCCGGCCGCAGCCUGGAGGCCGAGCCGCCGGAGCCGUCCUCGGGGGUGCCCGGCAAGAAGCGGGCCCGCAGGCAGGGCCCCUCCGGGGCAGACGCGGAGUCGAGGGUCCAGGCCGUGCGCAGCCUCCACGCGUCCAUCCAGGACUACAAGUUUGACACGGACGAGGGCCUGUGGUGCGAGGUGACGCUGAUGCUGCCGCUGAUGAAGGUGCACUUUGACCUGUGCUCGCUGGUGGUCUCCUUGGCCCACAGCGCCGUCGUCUACGAGACCAGAGGCAUCACCCGCUGCCUGCUGCACGACGGCACCAACAAGAGGCACGAGCGGGAGCUGCUCCUCAACACGGAGGGCAUCAACCUCCCGGAGCUCUUCAAGUACGCCGACAUCCUGGACCUUCGCCGCCUCUACUCCAACGACAUCCACGCGAUGGCCAGCACGUACGGCAUCGAGGCCGCCCUGCGAGUCAUCGAGAAGGAGAUCAAAGACGUGUUUGCCGUGUACGGCAUCGCCGUGGACCCCCGGCACCUCUCCCUAGUGGCCGACUACAUGUGCUUCGAAGGCGUUUACAAGCCCCUGAACCGAUUCGGGAUUCAGUCCAACUCGUCCCCCCUGCAGCAGAUGACGUUCGAGACCAGCUUCAAGUUCCUGAAAGAGGCCACCAUGAUGGGUGCCCACGACGAGCUGAGGUCCCCUUCGGCCUGCCUGGUGGUUGGCAAAGUGGUCAAGGGAGGAACGGGCCUGUUCGACCUCAAGCAGCCCCUCCGAUAGCCGGAGCCCCUCCUCUGCCCCCUCUGCACAGACGGGAUAUGGAAACCGAGGCCGGAGCCCGCUUCCUGCCUCCCCCCCCACCUCGCGGGAAGGAGGCCCGGAGAGGGCCCGCCGCCGGCUGCCGCACAGGCCCCCCUCGUGGCGUCCUCGAAGGAGGUCCUCGGCUGCCCCGACGCCUUCCCGCCUCCCGGCCGUCGGCCUGGCCUCGGCCUCCCUCUGCCGUCUCCGCUUCACCAGGACACGAGCUCUGGCGGCCCCUCGGCAGACACUUAAGCGGGUAGCAGCCGUGGGCCGGGCCCGGGGCCAGGCUGGGGGGGCCGAGGCCGGCCUGCUCAGGGAGGCCCCGCGCACGUGUAGAAGCGAUUCAGAAUAAAGAGGCGCCAACAA